UACGUCGCGGCCUCGCUGCUCUCGACAGCAGUAUUAAUGCAGUGGCAGGCUAUGAAGGUCGCCGACGUUCGGAGGAAAGCAGGCGUCGAAUACCCUCGAAUGUACGCUGACAGUGAGGCAGAGAAGGACUCACUCAAUGCAAGGAUCUUCAACUGCACCCAGAGAGCACAUCAGAACACGAUAGAGAACUUCCCUAUCAUCCUCACAACGACACUCGUCACUGCCUCAAAGUACCCAACUAUUGCGGCUGCUGCAUGUGGGGCCGUCAGCAUUCUGAGAGUCGUCUACACCAUCUCCUACGGAAGCGGUGAUCCCGAAAAGGCAUGUUUUAUUUUUUGUUCAUUACCUUCCUCAACACUGAUC